AGUAUCGUCAAGUCAUUCAUGCUACUACGAGACAACUUUUUUCCCUGUGUGUCUUCCGCAUCUCCUUCUUGUGGAACAUCUUUCGUGAUUUUUGUAAGAAGAUGGAAUUCUGUGCUUGAAGACACAUAAAAUUCACCUUUUGUUUGCUCUGUGACGGUAUCCAGAAUUCUUUUUUUUUUAAACUAAAAGGUAGAUUUUUUUUCGUGGGGAGAGAGAGGUGAAAUACGGUGGAAAAUUUUGAAUUUAUUUUAUAAAGACAUUGUGAUUUUCGCUUAGUUUGGUGUCCUGGCGAUGGUAAUUAGUGGGAUUUAUUUGUGAAAAAACGAGCUGAUAUUCUCGCUAUUUACUGAAAGUGAAUUUUUACUCCAAAAAGAGAUGGAGGCAUCGAAAGAAUCAGGGAGACCCGACUAUCCAUGAUGACCGAAGGGAACCCAAAAGGCAGGGGAUUCUGGUACAAAGAGCGCUGAUUGUCAGUGAGUCGAGUGCAGCCGUCGUGAGCAGAAAAGUCCCGGAGUCUGUGCAGAGAUAUGAGUUUGGUUGAGAAGUUUGUGUGCACUUUUUUUCAUCAACUCUGAAGGUUUUUUUUUUGUGUUCUCUUGUUCCGAAACCGAAACACCUCAAGAAUCGAUUUCUGAAGAAUUGUUUUCAUACACCCCCGCCUCCUGUGAGAUCCACCUAGCAACAUAACGGAGGAACAUUUUUUGAGUGCGGAAAAGUCGUGAAAAGUGCAUUGACAAAGAACUCCCUAAUUUGCCACCUGGGCCAUUGAGCUCACAAGAUUUUUUUUUCAUCCUUCUUCUUUUGAAGGUGCUCACAUACGGGCUUUCCGGGACAUUUUUCUCUAACCGGAAAAUUCGUUUUCUUCACCAAAAUAACCGGAAAAGCUCCCAAGAAGUUAGCUUAAAAAAAGUGAGAGAACUUUUUUGUGUGAUCUGCAGAGAGUGCAGUGAACUAGAAUUGAGAAUAGUUCAGUGUGGGAAAAAAAUGAAGAAAUGAGAGCAUCGAGAGAGAUUUCUCAUCAGCAAUUUCCCAACUUUUCUCAUCAAUAUUUUCCUCACUAAACAUUUUUAUUUAUUUUUCCACUGAAUGGUUGGAGGACGUGGUUCGUUAAUAUCGCGAUAAACUUUGUAUAAAUCACAUUCAGGGAUUGCGACAGGCCUAAAUGGCUAUAACUGAGCGAAAUUAUUAAUGUGAAAAUUGUGAUACAAUGAAAUUGUGAUUUUUCGUGAUGACUUUUGCAGCUGAAUAAGAAUUUUGGGAGUAAUUCACGAGGAAUCCGGAAGUGUGUGCUCAUUGAGAAGGAAUCAGGAAGUGUGAAGGCGCGUCUUAGGGGAAGAGAGAAUUCUAAAAACGUAUACGUGAGACAUCAGAAGGAACUUUGAGACAUUUGAUCGAGCAAAUAAGUCAUUGGGAAAAAUGUUGAAAUAUUUAACACAUAAACUUCGAACGCAAUCAAUAAACGAGGAUAACAUCAAUGAAAAGAUUGAUGGGCAUGAUUCUGGGACUGAAUCAGAUGAUGGUGAUUUAGAUGCUGAAAAUAUUUAUCACGAAACAGAUAUGGAAUACAGUAUGAGCUCCAGACACGACACCACAUCUCCCACGGAUACAGCGUGCUCAUCUGAGUCUCCGGCUUUUGCGAAUGCAUCGCACCUCAUGUACGAUCAGCAUAGUUCGGAGGAGGAGCUGGAGGUGAUCAAUGGACCCGCGGAGGCAGCCAGUAGUCCCACAAUCUUUGACGAUGACUCCCCCAAGAGGUCUAGUUCGACACUCAUUGAGAAGAGAAAGAGAUCCUUGGCUCAUAGUUCGGAUGAGGAGGUGAGGAAUCUCCUGGAACACGUCCAGGCACCUGUCAAUUUUCGCACAUCGCCCCCGUUGGAGGCUCUAAAGCCCCAACGUGGCCCCCUUCACUCACUACACGUGCAGCAGCAGCGUGCCACGACACCGCUCGUACUCACUGAGUCUGGACGUGGUAUCGAAAGUAUUAGGAUUUCAUGUGAUAGUCCCAUCGUCCCGAUGGAUGUUGUCCGUUCGAUUAGUCCGCCGGCUAAAUUAUUUCAUUGCGCUGUGUCACCGCGUCGGCGUCCAUCUCAGAGGCCACCGAGGCAGCAGAGACUCCAUAGGCCCUGUUUGGAUUUUGAUAAAAUGCAACAGCUGAAAGCAAGAUCAGUGACCGCCUGGAGGCACGACUCGGAGCACAGUGGUGAAUUUCCUGUCUUCUGUUGGUGAUGAAGUGUCUCCAUGGCUUGGGGUAUGCCAUCGCCGAGGAUGCUGACAAAUCCCCCGGCUGGUUGAGACUCCACAUAGCGGCGCGUGUCAUUCAAUCGCACAUUUACAUUACAGAAUUAUCAGACAAUUUUUUUUUUUUGAAAAGGGGCCCUGCGGAGAUUUAAGAGUUCAGCAGCAGCGAACGCGUUAACUUGUCUUUUUUGUCUUUUCUCCAAACCUCCCCCAAUUAACUUGUGCAAUUUUCAAAGAUGAAGAAAAUAAUGAGAGAGAAAGUUUUUGAAGACCCCCAUCCCCAAACAAGUCCACACAAUAUGCAAUCUCUCCACCCCCAAAAGGAUGUGGGAGAUGAAUCUUUGUAAAAUUCUUAUAGAAAUCUUAUUAAGCAACAAAAAUAGCCCUAAGUCACUCACGCAGAUCCAAGACUAGGAGUUGGUUUAAUGUUGAGAAAAUGGAGAGAAAGAUAAUUGAGAUUUUCAAGAGUGAUUUAGCUCAAUGGAUGAUUUUUAUGUUGAAAAGGAAAAUUUUAAAUUGUUACUCAUGACUCAAUGGCUAACACAAUAUUUUUUUUGUAGGACAGAAGACAAUUUAUUUUAAAAAAAAAUCGCUCAUUGAGAGUGAAAGUGGCACACAAGGUAUAAUUAAUAAUUGAACUAUGAGCUGAAUGAAUGCUUACCCAUAGAAACUGGCAGAUCAAGUUUAUAUUGUCGCAACAAACGAAUGCAAUUUUCUUUGCAAAAAUGCUCAAUGCAUCUUUGGGAGAAGAAAAAGAAAUAUUAGGUACAUAAUAAUGCAAAAUCUAUCGCACAAAGAGAUCCAGGGAAAAUAAUAGUUGAAUUAAAAACAAAAAAGUAAUGGGAUUACGAAUAUUUUAAAAUGUUAAAUAAAUUAGAGACAAGUUGAUGUUGGAAAGAACUUAAUAAGUUCUUAUAUUUGUAAUAAAAUAAUAUAGUUACUAACUAAUUGUGAGAAAUAUCUGGGAUUGAGUAAAAAUCAAGGUUAAAAGGCAAGGAAUAAAUACCAUUUACAAUAAUUAAAGAAACUAAAGAAAAGAUUGAAAUUAUAUUGUUGUUUGCAAGAAACGUUCCCUCUUUAACAAUUUAAUUCUUUAUCAUUUUUUGCUCAUUUUAAUAUCUUUAUUAUUAUGUUUAAAUUUUGUAUAAGGAAGAAAAUUAUUUAAUUUUUUUAACUGAAAUCUGUAUGUAUUUGCAGCAAAGUUAAAGAAAAAGUUAAAAGAAAUAUUUUGAAUCGGAUAUAUCCUUGUAGAAAUGUAUACGAUUUAAACAAUCUCAUUGCAAAAAAAACGAUUUUUUAUUAAUCUUGUUCUAUGCAGAAAUUCUUUGGUUAUAUGUACAAUUUUUUUUAAUUCUGAGAAAACUCUCAAUACACUCUUCUCAAAACUUUAUUGCUUUCUGCGAAUCAUUAAAGCGUUCUCAUCAUUUUCCUGUCAAAGAAUCUUUUAGAAAAAUUGUCCAAUAUUAAAUUCUCCAAUACAAUCCUCACAGGAUGUUAAUGAAAAGAGAAUCAUAAUAACAUUAAAUUUCUUGGAAUUUUAUCUACAUACUUUAAAGUGAGUUUAUUGAGCUCUCUGUAUCAUUUACAUUUCACCUGAUUUCUCGGAAAAAAGUCUUCUGGAUUAUAUUACUUUAAAAUUCUAUCAGAAGAUUUGAUUAAAACAAAUUUUUCUUUCUAAAAUGCUUCAAAUUUUUUUUUAAGAGAAGAAUUAUUUUUAUUACAAAUUUUAUCAAAGGAUCAAUGAAAAAUGGAAAAGCUUUCUUAGCCUAUCAAUAAAAUAUUUAAAAGGGCUUCUAAAUGCUUAAAUGUGUCGUCAAAUGAGCAUUCUUCUUGAAUAAAUCAGACGGAUAGAUAGCAAACCUUCUUAACUAAAAUUACAGUAUUGCUUAAUAAAAAAAAAGAAAAUCAUUGAGGAAAACAACAUUGCUUACGAAUUAAUAAAAAAAACAUCUAAUAGGCCUAUAAUUUUAAAAAGGAGUUUAUCUGUUAUUAUAUGGAAAAUCUUUUUAUUCGAGAGUUCAAAUGGGACCCUCGUACUAUCGUACUAUCGAACUUUAAUUAAUGAAUUAGGGGUUUUCCAAUACAAAAUCGGAUUAAUUCCUUUUUCAUUGGGAAAAGAAUACAGGACUUUUGAACGUAUGAAUUUGUGCCACUUUUGCAUUCUCUGAGCGAUGGGAUAAAGCGAUAUAAACUUUAAGUGGAAAUCUCUCUUCUAGUCAGAGUCAGGUAUUUAAAAGUAUAGAAUUUAAAAAGGAUUGAAUGAAAAAAUAAUUAUUUGUGUCAUUUUAGCGAAUUUCUACGAAAAAAAAUGUGAAGAAAAUAAAGCAUAAUAUUGCAGGUAGAAAUCACAGCUGAAUGAGGAAAAGAUUUUACAAUAAAAAAAAAUAUAGAAAAAUAAUAAAAUUUGACAAUGAAUUGCCAACAAUUUUAAAAUGAGAAAAAACUACAAAUUGGAGUAAAAUAGUUACAGAGAAACAAGAAAUAAAAACAAUUGUAUAAGGUAGUAAAACCUUUCAAAUAGUAAAAAGAAAUCAGUGGAAAUAAAGAAAAAUAUGCAUUUAUCGUGAAUGGUGUCCAUUUAGAUGAAGUUGAAGAACAACAAUUUUUGUGGUAUAAUAUUUUGAGGUAGAAAGAGAGAGAAAAGAAAAAUCAAUUACUGUAUAGUAGAAAUUAUGAUGGGAAAAACAUGCUAAAAUAACGAAAGAGAAUUUAGGAAUAUAUUGUGAAGAAGAAGAAAAAAUAUUAAUAAUUAAUCUUUAACAGAUGCGAGAGAGACUGUUUAUGAAUAUUAACAAACAAAAUAUUUUACACUUCUAAAACAAACAUUAAAGAAGUAGAAGAAUAACAAUUUAGCGUAGAUGAAAAAUUAAAAAAAAAUGAAACGAGUAAAUCAUAGAAUUUCAAAGUGAAAGAAAAAAAAUAUUGUAAGCAUUGUAAAAAAUUAAUUACGUAUUAAGACUACAAUUGAUUUUAUAUUCUCAAACAAAUUUAUUAGUAAUUAAAUGAGGAAGAAAAAUAAAUAAUGAUAAAAUUGGUUUUACUGGGAUGAAAAUUGAAGGAAAAAAAUAAAUAAAAUUGAACUCAUACACACAAGAAAAAUCAAAUGUCUAAAAAUGAAUAUAUUUACUACAAUAUUAAGCAACAAGAAAAACUACAACCUACUGUUUCUAUAAAAGAAUACUAAAUGAAAUAAAAUUAAAAAAAAACAAGAAUAGUUUGAUGAAAGAUGAGAAUUUCAGUGGAUAGAAAAUCACACAAUGAUGAAGAAUACGUAUCUUUGAAAGACACAAAGUGGUAUAUAUAAAAUAGGUGUUGUAAAUAACGUAGAGAUGAAGUUGUUGUAAACUAUGGCUUAAAUAUUUUAUAUAAAUAAGAUAUCUUUUGUUUAAGAAUUAAUAAAAAGAUGGUAAAAUAUUCAAACCUAAAA